CUGUGAUGUCAUCUGUCUCGGAAGCUUCUUAAUCACUGAUGCCGGGCAGGAUACCAUCAAGUGAUUAGCGUCUCAAUCUUAUGCCUGGUGAAUCUAGUAUCAUUAUCUCAUCAUGAUUCCAUCUAUCAGGUUACUGAAAAAUUGUCGCGUAGGGAUGAGUACUCUUGGUUCUCGUUGCCGUCUUGUGCACCACAACCAGCCCGAUUCCUUCGACCGAAGAGACCACAGGUCGAAUAUUUUCUAUCAGCAAGGCCGUUGUGUCAGUGGUGCUGCAGCAACGAGACGCAAGGGAAGGGGCCGCCGAAGAAAUGUAAUCGGAAAGGGUGGCCACGACCAGAAGAAGAAAAUAUUCUUCCAGUCUCUGGGCUGCCCGCGCAAUUUCGUGGACACCGAGGUGAUGCUAGGGUACGCCGUUUCGUCCUCGGAAGACAGAGGGGAUGGCGGGGAUAUGGAACUAGCGUCCGAUCCUUCAGAGGCCGACGUAGUGGUGAUCAACACAUGUGGGUUUUUGGAAUCGGCUAGGGACGAAUCUAUGGCGGCCAUCGCCGAUGCACAGGAGGUGAUUCUAGAGAAGAACCAGAGCAAUGGCAAUCGACAAGAAAGCAAACUCGUGGUGACAGGAUGCAUGGUUAAUCUCCCGGCACAGCAAGAGCAAAUUCGGCGAGAUUUUCCGGGAGUCGACGCCGUCCUAUCGUCUGGCAAUAUAGAUAGCAUCGUUGAAACAAUACGAACUCUGGACAACGAAAAUAGCGGCAGUAGCAAAAAGAAAUCCAAGAAAACGAAGAAAGGCACGCCAAAAAAGCAUACCAACACCGACCCGCCGAGUCUUUCUUCCCGCAAGCAGCGCAAGUCCUUUCUCGAGAAGGGAGAAACUCCUAGGUUUUUAGCUACACCGCCUCAUUACGCCUACCUUAAAAUCGCAGAGGGAUGCCGGAAGCGAUGUAGUUUCUGCGUCAUUCCAAAGCUCAAGGGGCGCUUGCAAAGCAAACCGAUCCCGCAGGUGGUCGAAGAAUUCGAAGCCAUUGUCCAACACGGAACGGCUCGAGAAGUGAUAUUAAUUGCACAGGAUCUUGGUGAUUACGGGCUAGACUUUAUGCCGAAGCAGAAGGGAAAUCUCAAGGAACCAAACAACGACAUCGACGAUGGCAACAUCAAUGUUGGUCUCUCGACACAGACAAAAAGUACCUUGACGCUUCUAUUGGAGGCCAUAUUGUCGUUUAUGGACGACAAUGGUGUCGGCAACGAUGAUAAUGGUGGAGGUGCUAUUGAUAUGAAUGGCAACACUUUCGACGACCCGUUCUGGCUUCGACUUUUGUACCUUUAUCCAGAUGAAAUCACCCCCGAUUUGAUCGAUUUGAUGGAAGCCGACAGAAGAAUCGCACGAUACGUCGACCUACCCAUUCAACAUUCCCACGACGACAUGCUCAAAGCUAUGAGACGAAAAACAGAUUCGACCCACAUCAAGAACACGAUUGCGACGCUACGGGAGCGUCUUCCAGAUAUCUACAUCCGAACAAGCCUCAUGGUUGGUUUCCCGGGAGAAACGGACGAACAUUUCGAGGAUUUGUUGCAGUUCGUAAGGGAUUAUAAACUAGACCAUGUCGGCGUUUUUAUCUAUUCCAACGAAGAAAUGGCGUAUUCUUCAAGAUUGGAUGGACAGGUCCCGGAAGACGUCAAAGAAGAUCGAUAUCGUAGAUUGAUGGAGGAGCAGUGGAAGAUAGUGGAAGAGCGCCAUAGGGAACGCGUCGACCGAUCGGAGUGCCUGCGCGUUGUCGUAGAAGGCUUAAAAGAAAUAGAAGAAACAGUCGAGGAGAGCCAUAGUCCCAAGUCUAUGCCAGAAAGAUCUCCAACGAGUGUCAGGAUCGUGGGACGACACGCUGGCCAAUGUCCGGAAAUCGAUGGACAAGUUAUCUUAGAGGGUGAACCCCGGGUGUAUCCGGGGGAGCGCUAUUGGGUCGAGGUAACCGGCUACGAAGGUUACGAUUUGGUCGGGAGGGUGUUAUUGGAAGAGGACUCGUGAGCGUGAAGAAUGGGUGGUAAUUAACACUUUACACAGUGUCCAACACAAAACGCUUAACAUGCGAGCCUCAAGCUAGUAGACAUGGCUAUGAUUUUUUAGCAAUAUCUGCAAUAGUACCCUUGAAUGUCUACAUGAACGUCAUCAUGAUUACUCAUCAUAAUUCGAUUGAUCCAAUUACAAUGAUUCUUGCGAUAUAUAGUAAUUUGGUUGCAUUCAGAACUUUCCUCUCUCUCCGGAGUAGGAAACAGACUGAAUUCAAUCCACCAAUGAUUUAAUUUUGAUAGAUUCUUGAAAUCAAACGAAAUUGAAUAUUAUUAAUGGUAAUAAUAGGGUGGAGUCCCUGCACGAUAAAAGAGUUUUUCAGCUUCCUCGGGAGUGCAUCAUGGGUAUGAUUUACCCAUUGAUGCUUCCCUCGAAAGCGUCAUUCCGGCUGUGAUGAUCGCACACUGCACUGCUUUCUUUUCGUAACUGAAAUAAGAGCAGAGCAGCGGAGGACGAUGCAUUACUGCCAUCCCUCGUGCAUUGAAAAACUCCAGGCUGCCACACAAACUAGCUAACAGAAAAAGCUUCGACCUAUCUGUUUCUGUAGUCCCUGAUUCCUUCCUUCUCUUUCGUCGACAAUGACGACAAGCACAAAGAGUGGUGCCAAACCGAAACCGCGUUCCACCACUGCUUUGCCCGCUCUGGUGAGCACAGCACAGAAUAGAAGCAGCAAACUGGAGCGCUGGUCGAUGCAUAAUCUAAUUAUCCGACCGUCUUGUUCACGACGAAAGAGAGGCUAGCUUGUUGUGCUUGUGUGGCGUUACCGGCCUCACCCGCCGCCGCCCAUUUUUGCAUCCGCGGCGCCCUGCAAAUUGCCUACUCCGCGAAUGUUGGCUCCGCCUCGUCCCAGGGUUCGGCCGCCUCCACCGCUCACUCUGUAGGGAUUGUUGUUGUUGCGUUGGGCAUAGUUGCUACCGUUCGAUCCAAUAGCGGUGGGAGGAUUCGUAAUGGCCGAGAAGAAGAGGGCAACGAACCCGAUGAUUCCCGCAAAAAAAUCCGUAAUUUUUUGGCGGAUCGUUUUUUGCUCCUGGCCCCCGACGGUGCCGUCGCGUCCAAUGUAUGCCAUUUUUCGUUUGGAAUGAGAUUCCGUUCCGUUCUCUUGUUGAGUAGUAUAUGUUGCUGUUAGAAUAUGUUGGUCAGCCGUGUUUCGUCUCCCCGGCCGUAUCGUUUGGGUUUCCCCCUCUGAUGUUCUGCUGCUUUGUGCUUUGUUACCGUACUAGAAGUACCAUGUUACCGUACUCGUACGAACCGUGCGAUGUUUUGACAACGCGGCAAAACAGAAAACGCUAAUUUCGGUUGUUCUUCGUGUUUUUCCUCCUCGGUCGUGCGGGUCAUUUCUGUCGUUGUAGUAGUCUCAUCUAUGACGUUGCUAAAGUACUACGUCUACUGCACUGUGGUAGAAGUAAAGUACUUCUACUUAC